AUGGGGAGACGUAGCAAAAAGUUUGGUGGUGGUGGUAGACGCGGAACCCGUCCGACAAAUUAUGCCGCUAUAGUGAAGAGCAACGAGAAAUUUGAGAGCUAUUACAAUGGCCUCAAAGUUGUCCCUGAGGAUGAAAAAGAGCAGUUCUGGGAAGCGUUGCGACGCGACCUUCCCAACAGUUUUCGAUUUACCGGCUCACGAAAACACGCUCUCGCAGUCCAAGAACGCCUCAAGGACUUUUACAUUCCCAAUAUUACCUCAAUUCGAUAUGAAGGCGAACUUGUCGAGCCACCCAAGCCUGUUCCGUGGUAUCCAGACCAGUUGGCCUGGUCCAUGACGACUCCGAAGCAGGUAGUCAGGCGCUUCCCUCCAUUUGCAUCUUUUCACAAAUUCCUUGUUUCAGAAACAGAAGUUGGAAACAUUAGCCGCCAAGAAGUUGUCAGCAUGAUUCCCCCAUUAUUGCUGGAUGUGCGACCCGGAAUGGUUGUCCUGGACAUGUGUGCAGCUCCGGGAAGCAAAUCCGCGCAGCUGAUGGAGAUGAUCCAUGCGGGCGAGGAGGAACAGAUGAAAAGCAUGACUGAUAAGCUUGAGAAUAAGGAUGCUCAGGUGGCUCGUCAGCAAGGCAGAGUGGAGAUUGCUGACCUACUGAACGGGGAAGCCGAAUUGGACGGUUUCGAAGAUGAUGGAAGGUCAACCGGGUUACUGAUUGCCAACGAUAGCGACUAUAAACGUGCCCACAUGUUAAUUCAUCAGAUGAAGCGACUUAAUUCCCCUAAUUUAUUGGUCACUAAUCAUGAUGCUACCAUGUAUCCGUCAAUCAGAUUGCCUUCCCUCCCUGUCGCGGACGGAAAGCGCUCACCGAACCGGUACUUAAAAUUCGAUCGGAUCCUCGCUGAUGUGCCUUGUUCGGGUGACGGCACGGCUAGAAAGAAUGUUAACGUCUGGAAGGAUUGGAAUCCAGCUAACGGCAUCGGUUUACAUCCAACCCAGGCCAGAAUCCUUGUUCGUGCCCUGCAAAUGCUCAAACCUGGGGGUCGUGUGGUGUACUCCACCUGCAGCAUGAACCCAAUCGAAAACGAAGCUGUGAUUGCAAGUGCAAUCGACCGGUGUGGAGGACCUGAAAAGGUCGAGAUUGUUGAUUGCAGCAACGAGUUGCAAGGUUUACGGAGGUCUCCUGGGCUUACAUCCUGGACGGUAAUGGAUAAGCAAGGCAGGAUCUGGAACACCUGGCAAGACGUCGAAAAGGGAGCGGAUGGCGGAGAUGAGACGCUCAAAAGAAUUGUCGAAGGAAUGUUUCCACCGUCUGAGCAAAGUGAGGCAGCCAAUCUCUCACGUUGCAUGCGCGUGUAUCCCCAUCAGCAAGAUACAGGCGGGUUUUUCAUCACCGUCUUGGAGAAGAAGGGAGAGAUCAGGGCGAAACCAGAGAACUCAAAAAUGAAUGCGCUAAAGCCUGUAGAGGGUGAAACCGGUGACUCUCAUAGCACACCUAUUCCAAUGGCAACUGAAAAUGCCCUAGCUUUUCCUGACACCACUGAAAAUGUUGGCAAUACCGAUCCAAACGCGUCAGCCCAGAGUGCGCUGUCUCCAGCUAAAAGAAACUCCGAUCACCUUGACGAGGAGCCCGAAACGAAACGCGCUAAAGUGUCGGAUGAGGCUUGUGCUGAAGCUAGUCGUCUCACAACCGGCGCCGUGGCGCCGGCGUCCAAACAAUCUGAAAUCGCUCUCUCGCGGCCGAUAAAACAGAAAUCCGGACAACAAUUUGAGGAGCCCUUUAAGUAUCUAGAUUCUCAGCUCAAAGAGUUUGACACAAUCUUCAAGUUCUAUGAUCUAUCUCCCCAGUUCCCGAAGGACAGGUUCAUGGUACGGAAUGCCGAUGGACGCCCUCACAAAACUAUUUACUACACUACGGCUUUGGCUCGGGACAUCCUAACCGAAAACGAAGGGACCGGAAUGAAGUUUGUCCACUGUGGUGUGAAAAUGUUCGUGAAACAAGACGUGCAACGCCCGGAUGUUUGUCCCUGGAGAAUUCAAAAAGAUGGUCUUACACUUCUUGAGCCUUGGAUUGGUACGGGCCGCACAGUUAAGAUCUACAAAAAGACAACAUUGCGCAAGCUGCUGGUUGAAAUGUUCCCCAAAGUUAAUGAUGGUGGUUGGAAAGAGUUGUGUGAACUUGGCGAGUGGGCAAGGGACGUUGAUAUGGGAUGUUGUGUCCUAAAACUCAUCCCCACUAACGAAGAAGACGGAUUCCAUGAGCACAUGGUUUUGCCAUUAUGGAGGAGUCUUUACUCGUUGAACUUGAUGCUACCCAAGGAAGAGCGUCGCGCUAUGCUUCUGCGUCUGUUUAAUGACGAAACUCCUUUGGUCAAUACGACCCACAAACGGGAUGCAGCCACCGCUAAGAAGGAAGAGGAAAGUCUUGAGACGUCGCAGGCAUUGGGUGAAGACGGUCAAGAGAGCGAGGAUGUUACCAAACAAGAGGCCAUUUUAUAAUGGGGCAAGAGCGACAGAAUGUGCCGAAUGCAGAGAAGACCUGCCAGACUGUUGAAGGGGGAUGCUGUUCAAAUGAAUGGGAGGCCGUUGGAAAGCUGCGUGAUCUGUGUUGCAUAUUGUAGAAUAUUAGAGCAUGUACGGUACUUUGGAGUCAGUCUCCUCCUGGAUAAAAGAAUUCUUUUGGAAACA